GUUAGACUUCAAUCAUAUGGGGUCAAAAUGUUAGGCAGCGUAGUGCAGUUGACAGUUGUACAAUCCCUUCGCUUCUCCUCAUUUGCUGGAUUCAGAAGCAGAAAUUAAUCCUACAAUUUGUUGCAGCAGCAUUCAUCCAAUCUCUGUAGAGAAAGGAUUAUCUUUUGAAGCUGCAUAUUUUUCUGACUCUGCUUCGUGGAUUUGUCUAAGCUGUGGAUCAAUUAUGGCUUUUGAUCUCAAAGGUAAAGCUAUUGUGAUUAUGGGAGUCAGUGGUGCUGGGAAAUCUACAAUAGGCGAACUGCUGUCCAAGAUUUUGAACUGUAGUUUUCUUGAUGCUGAUGAUUUCCAUUCACAGUCAAACAAAGAAAAGAUGCGUCAAGGCAUUCCUUUAUUGGAGGAGGAUCGGAUUCCAUGGCUUGGAAGUCUCCGUGAUGCUUUAAGGGAGAGGAUGACUAGUGGAAAAAAUGUUGUACUUGGUUGUUCUUCUCUGCAGAAGCGAUAUCGGGAAAUUCUUAGAUCUGCUGACCCCAAUUAUAAACUUGGAAGCUAUGUCAGUGCAGUUAAGUUUGUGUUGCUGGAUGCCAAGGUUGAGGUGCUUGUGGAUCGAUUAAAUAGAAGAGCUGCAGAAGGGAAACAUUUCAUGCCAGCUACCCUUUUGCAAUCACAGCUAGACUUACUGCAGACAGAUGAUUGUGAAGGAAUAUUUAAAGUGGAUGCUGCUCUAAGUCCUCAAGCAAUUGUAAAUGCCAUUAAAAGCUUUGAUUUUAUGAACAAGGUCUCUUAGACCAUAUUAUCUUACAAAGCAUCCUUUUUAAUCUUCUCAAGAUGAAUUACGGAAUAUCCAUUUUUACACAGAAAAAGAUGAUUCAGCUAAGUUUGUGUAAUCAAAGAAUUAUUGGAACCCACUGGGUCACAGUGGAUCAUUUUUAAUGCAAUGAAAAAUACAAAUAUUGUUAUUAUCGUCA